AAGGCGGAGUCAAUUUUGCCUAGCGUUCUGGCUCUUGCAGCGGGAGUGAAUGCAGGCGGCUGUUGCUUGCGCAUUUUUGUUUCCCUGGGAGUGAGCUUUGUCGCUGAGAACAUCUGGCUUGUUGCUACAAAGACUAUUGACAUUGGUGGUUUCAGCAGUGGCCGCUUAAGGUAGAGAUAGUUGCUUUCUGCAGAAGUUGCAGGCAUCAUUCCCUAGAAUUGCAAUAGGCUCGGCGCCCAUAGUGGGAGACAUGCCUCGGGGUCGGAAGAGUCGGCGCCGCCGUAACGCAAGAGCCGCGGAAGAGAACCGCAACAAUCGUAAGAUCCAGGCCUCAGAAGCUUCUGAGACCCCGAUGGCCUCUUCUCUGGCCCCAGGCACCCCGGAGGACGACCAGAGUGGCCCUGAGGAAGACCCUAGCACUCCGGAGGAGGCCUCCACUACACCUGAGGAAGCCUCCAGCACUGCUCAAGUACAAAAGCCUUCCGUAGCCCGGAGCAAUUUUCAAGGCACCAAGAAAAGUCUCCUGAUGUCCAUAUUAGCCCUCAUCUUCAUCAUGGGCAACAGCGCCAAGGAGGCCCUGGUCUGGAAAGUGCUUGGGAAGUUGGGGAUGCAGCCUGGCCGGCAGCACAGCAUCUUUGGAGAUCCAAAGAAGGUCGUCACAGAGGAGUUUGUGCGCAGAGGGUACCUGAUUUAUAAGCCAGUGCCACGUAGCAGUCCCGUGGAGUAUGAGUUCUUCUGGGGACCUAGAGCACAUGUGGAAUCGAGCAAGCUGAAAGUCAUGCAUUUUGUGGCAAGGGUGCGUAACCGAUGCUCCAAGGACUGGCCAUGUAAUUAUGAUUGGGAUUCUGAUGAUGAUGCAGAAGUUGAGGCUAUCCUUAAUUCAGGUGCUAGGGGUUACACUGCACCUUAGGGAAAUCUGGAGCAGACACUUGAGGGGGUUGGAAACAGCAUCAGAGGUACCCAAAGGAGUAGAUUACCUGGGCGCUGAGUUGAACAUGAUGGGAAAAGGGAGACAUUUGGUAUUUGUGAUCAGUGCUAAUUGUUAACUGCAAAAUAUUGUACAAUUGUAUACGUCUUAAUAUAGUGAUGAAGGUCAUAAUAUGAUUAAAAAGAUGAUUACAGAAAGGAUAUGUUUUUUCUUUUUGUCUGUCAUUGAGACUUAGUAUAACAGUUUUACUACCCUUAUAAAAUGAGUCCAUCAUAUUCUGUGAUCUGGUACAUAUUUUAUAUCAUUGAAAUAGGUAAUUCUGAAAAGUUUGAAAUAAACCGGUAUGUGAGAGAAGGAUGGGGAAAUUCUUUUAUGUUUGACCUUUCUGAAACCUUUGUGUCUACUGUUGUAUAAAGAAAACUGACAACUACCAUGAAUUUCCUUAGCUACUGCACAAUAUAGAAAAAAAUAAAACUAUAAUGACGAGGA